UUAAUGUCAGUAGUUUGAUCUGUACCAUUAUGAGGAAUAAACCGCGCUAUUAUUUACAGUAAUAUUGUUGGGAAUUUUACACCAGCGUGUUUCUAACACCAGCAGUAUGGCGUUAAUGGAGAAACCGGCGUUUGGGAAGGUUCUGCUGGAUGACACAGUGUCACUAACCGCGGUGAUCGAGGCGAGCCAGAAUUUACAAUCUCACACGGAAUACAUCAUACGAGUUCAGAGGGGAGUCUCGACAGAAAACAGUUGGACAGUGAUCAAAAGAUACAGCGACUUCGACAUGCUUAAUAACAGUUUAAUAGUCUCUGGCCUGAAUCUGCCCCUUCCUCCCAAGAAGUUAAUUUGGAACAUGGAGCGGGAGUUCAUAGCGGAGAGGCAGAAGGGGCUGCAGGCCUAUCUGAACUUCCUCACACAGCACCACAUCCUCUCCAGCUGUGAACUGGUCAAAAAGUUCCUCGACUCCAACAAUUAUUCUGCAAACUACACAGAAAUUGCGCUACAACAAGUGUCCAUGUACUUCAGAUCGGACCUGAUCUGGGAGGUGGUGGAGCCUUUAAAAGAUAUAGGUUGGAGGGUACGAAAGCGGCACUUUUUAGUGAAACACAAAGAGCAGCCCAAGGAGCGGCAGGUUUUAAGCUGGGUGGAUUUUGGUCCUGAUAAGUUCCUAUCAGAUAAAGAUCUGCAGUCCAUGAUGAAGCUGCUUCCAUCCCUGUCUCAUCGUUAUGUCUGUCCGGUUACGUUCGCUUCUACCAUCGAAUCCUCAGCGGUGGUGAUCAGGACUUUCAACGAGAAAGGCACGUUGAGGGAUCACAUCUGCAAGGUGAAGCCAAAGGAACCGUUCUUGAAGAAGUACUGCAAUCCGAAAAAGAUCCAGGGUCUGGAGAUCCAUCAGAUCAAAACCUUUGGGAGACAGAUUUUGGAGGCUUUGAAGUUCCUUCAUGAUAAGGGCUUUCCAUACGGGCAUCUCCACGCCUCCAACAUCCUCAUGGAGGACAGCACGUGCAAACUGCUGGAUAUCGAGAACUCUGUACUGGGACUUCCUUUUUAUUACCGGCCCUACGUCACUCAGUUCAGGAAAAUGAAUACCACAGAGAGUAUUGACGUCUACUCUUUCGGACACUUGCUGUAUGAAAUGACGUACGGAAGGCCCCCGGACGCUGUUCCUGUGGAUCAGUACCCCUCGGUGCCCUAUACGUCCGUGGUUUCGGUGCUGCAGUCCAUCCUGUCUACAGAGGCGUGUAAAAGCGGAAUGCCCACCGUGACCCAACUCCUCCAAACCCCUCUUUUCAGUGACGUGCUGAUGUCCAGUACAGAGAAACCACAGUUUAAGAUCCCCUCCAAAUUAAAAGAGGUGUUGAAAGCGUCUAAAGAGAACCUGGAAAAACGUCUACAGGAGGAGCAGAGAGCCAUUCAGCAGCACAGGAGGUUGACGCGAGCUCAGUCCCACCACGGCUCCGAGGAGGAGAAGAGGAAGAGGAAGAUCCUGGCUAGAAAGAAAUCCAGACAGUCUGCUUAUGAGAACGAGGAGGACUUCUCCGUCAAAUACAACAACAACUCCGGUUCAGGAGCGAGUUCUCCACCGACUUGUCCCUCAUCACCCACUCCUCCUCCUGUGCCAGGUGUUCAGCCGGUGACUUCUCCUCCACCACCACCCCCACCUCCUCCUCCAUUAGGGAUGGAGUCCGUCCCUCCUCCCCUCCAUCCUCCUUCAGUGAACGGCGAGGGACGCAGCGCCCUCCUCAGCUCCAUCCAGACCUUCAGCAAAGGUCGACUGAAAAAAGCAGAGACCGUCGAUCACUGCAAACCGCACGUCUGAGAGACCCGAGAGCUUCACCAACGUUUCCUUCCACCCGCAUCGUGUCUGAAGUGUAACAGGAUCCGAUCUUCUGGAAUGCCGGGAAUUUGGACUCCCAGGGACUCCUGGGGGGCAGCAGGAAAGAUUUUCGAAUUCGUUUUCUCUCGAAUCGGCUGCAGGUUUGGAAUGUGGAGUGAUUUGUGGACUCUCUAAGCUGCUAUACAGAAUCGGACCUGCGAACUGGACCUCAUGAGGCAGAUUCAUUCUGACAGGUUCCUGUUGAAUGAUCAGAACUGUAGCAGCGACACAGCAAAUUCACCCUGUUAAAGAAUCUGUGUUGAUGUUUUUUAAUGCUUCGUUUUAACAGAACGUCCUGCACAUAUUUUAAUUCAUUGCAUUAUAUUAUUUAGAGAGGAGUUAUUUUUAAAGAAAAAAAUUAAAGAAAAGAAGAAAAAAAAAACAGAACUAAAUGAUUUGGGGUUGGUGCCACAGUAACCGUUGUGCCUAUACAGACGAGACCACAGUACACAGCUGUACAAAGUUUAUUCUCCUUCUAGCAACAGUGUGAGAGCUUAUUCAAGAUCACAGUCAUACAAAAACGGUGUGUAUUUAAAAGAAUGAGUCCGCUGAUCCCGCCAGUGCACCUUUCUUUAUGAUGAGAGGAUUUUAGCAGUAUGUUGUAUAGAUAAAGUAUAAAUAUACUGUAUGUGGAAUAGUCUUACUUUUGCAGACUAACACUUGCCCAGAUUGACCAGUCAUGGUGUACAGGCUGCUACCUACACUGUAUAGCCAAAAGUAUUUGGACACCUAACCAGGAGCAAACCAUAUUAAAACAGAGCGACCUCUGUGAUCUUUUCAGCUACAACAACAGCCGCACUUCUGAGAGGGCUUCUCACAACAGUUUGGAGUAUAUAUAUGGGAAUUUGUGGCAGCAUUUGUAAAGCUGGGAACUAAUGUCGAAGUUCCAGUUUGUUCCAGAGCUGCUCAGUGGGCCUGAGGUCAGGAGUUUCUUUAAACCAAGAUUCUCUUGACGUCUUUAUAGAGCUUGCUUUGUGCACUGAAGCCUUCCCUAAACUGUUUUUGCGAAGUUGGAAGCAUGUAAUUUCUUGUAUAACAUUGAUUCAUUACACCUGAUAGCAGUUGUGUGGCUGAUACACAUGAAUUCAGUGAUUAGAAGGGGUGUCCCAAUACUUUUGUUCAUAUAGUGUAUCUAAUAGGUAUCAUAGUAUAAUACUUAUCAACCAAUCAUCUGUGUUUCAGCAGUUUUGGUCUAAACUGGUGUAAGUUUUAGAUAUUGGUCAUGCAGAAUCCAGUCUAGAAUUCGCUGGAUCAUGAAAAUACGGAGUUGAAAAUAGCGCUGCUGCUGUGUCCCAAACAUCAUACUGCUAUCAUACUACAUACUCAUAUUUACCCACUGGUUCAGGUAUGAACAGGAUGGAAUAGUCAUCACUGCUAACUGCUGAUUGGACACACACAGUCAUACAAUGUUUAUUCCUGUGCAGACAGACAAACAGAUCACGCAGAAUACUUCAGCUAUGUCUCAAAUUGCAUAAGCUACACGUCCAUGUUCAUUUGGGAAGAAGGAUUGUUUUCUCUGCAGCACUUUAUUACUGUUUAUUGUGAUCUUUAAAGAGAUACAAGGUUUACAUAAUGGUAUAAAUGAGAGUUUAAUUAUUUGAUAUAUUGGGAGUAUAGCACGUUUGACUUGACCAAUAUUGUGAAAAAAAUUGUUUUGUUUCCCCCCCAAUCUAGAAAUUGCAUUGACAAUAUUUUUACCCUCUGGUGGUGUUGUGUUUUAAUUGUGACCUUUCAAAUAAAAUCAAAGAAUAUUUUC